AAAAAGGUGUACAAUUGGAUUUUUGAUUUUGGUUCUAAUUUCAAUAAAAAAGGCAUGAAUCAUUUGAAAUAUUCAAUCGUGAAUAUUUUUAAACGGACUUACAUAUUGGACUUUGCGUGAAAAGAAAGCGUUGUUGAGAAUGUUGUGAUAUAAAAGUUCUACAUGGGUUGACAGGACAGAGUUACAAUUAUUGGCUACCUUGUGUUUGAUUAUACUUUAACAAGUGUUAUUACACAGGGAAAAAAAGUGAUUUUUUUGGAAGUUAAACCCGAGUCAUUGUGUGAAUAUUGCUGUGUUAUUUGGACAAUGAUGUAGAAGAAGCCGAGGAUAAGAUUGAUGAUAAUGCCGCCAGGAGCUAUACCAUUCCCAUUUGGUAUUUGCCGUAUUUGUAAAGACAAGGCAACAGGGGUUCACUAUGGGGUUACCACAUGUGAAGGUUGCAAGGGUUUUUUCAAGAGAAGUAUUACCAGGGGAGAUAAAUAUAAAUGUUUCUUUGGUGGGGAAUGUGACCUGACACCGAAAAACCGAAACCGCUGCAAAUCAUGUCGCUUCAGAAAAUGCCUGGAUGUUGGAAUGUCUGUUGAAGCUGUCAGAAUGGGACGUAUACCAAAGGUAGAGAAGGAGAAAGCCUUGGAAGUUUUUCACCAGGGUGGAUCAGAUUUCAAAAAUUUAGAGAUUGAAGUGGAAAUGACUGGCACAGGAACUUACGAUUUUAAGAUCAAUCCAAAAGAUGAGGGAAAUAACUCCCCUCAGACUGGUUCACAUGAUCAGUCCACUCAGAUGUUGCAACAUGCAAAGGCAGAUGUCCAGUCUGAUAGUCCUGAGACUGUGCCAAGUGAUUUUGAGAUACAACAAGACACUGGUUUGAUGGAAACUGAACAAAUAAUAAAGGGAAAUUACCCUUACACAUCAAUGCAAAUGUCUAGGAACUUGACUCACCCUUGUGUUACGGAAAAUCCAGCUAGAGUUUCUGACGAAUUUCCUCAGUACCUCAACAGUCAGACAAUGCCAGACCAACUAAAUUACCCCUCAGGUCAAAGGUUGUGUGAUAAGUCAUUAAGCAUUAGUUCACAAGAGUUUGUUAAUUCUACUAAAAGUCAACAGAUAGGAUUUUCCUCAGAUAGUGGACAUAAUAGUGAGCAGUAUGAUUUCCUGUCUAGGUACAAGCAAGACAAUUUUAAAGUGCCUUUUGAUAGUUUUAAUACAUGUGAAGCCAUGUAUCCCAAGACAGGCAGAAAUUUUGAACAAUGGCAAUGUAACAAAAAUACAUUAGCUAGUCAUCAUAGAUAUGAUCUGAAUUAUGAUUCAAAUAGUAGGCAUGCCCCUUGUGGUAAUCCAGAUUUUAGUUCUUUUCCUCAUAGUGAAAUUACAGGGCAGAAAAUAAAUGUAAGAUCAGUGACACAGACUGGUACAGCUGUUGAAUCACAGUUUGUUCCACAUUUUAAUACCAUGAAACAACAUUCUACAAAUCCUUCUGUAAACCAGUCUAGACUUCAUACAGACAUGAGUCCCAGAUUUCAUUCAAUAUACAACAAAGAGCAAUUUCAACAGUUUUUACACAAGAAAGAUCCCAGCCUUCAUAUACCAUCUGCUACUGUUAGUAAAUCACCUCCUGAGUGCUGCUAUGGUUUUACAGCAGGCAAUUUGCCUUUAAAUAAUGAUGUCAAAUUAGAUUAUGAAAUGACACCCAUGAAUAGAAAUGCUGAAAGCUUAUUAUUAAAGAUGGACCAUGCAGUGCAACAGAGUCCUGUAAAAUCAACUGAUGCUGCACAAGGUUCAUUUCAAAAGCUGCCUCAUAAAAGACCUACAAAUGACACUGACACGAAUGCCCUCAAAGAAUAUCAGUCUGAAACAUUGAAAACAGAAAUAGAUAACUAUGCUGAGUCCAUUGAAAAUUUAAGAUGCUCUUCACCUGGGAGUGUGUUAAGUCGUGAAGGAAGUAAUUCUAGUCAACGAAGUGGUUAUAGUACAGCUAUCAUUCAAAUACUUUUAGAUCAGUUGCUUGAAAGUGAUCAGGUGGCAACAUUUGCAAGAAGCCUUGAAAAGAAAUUAGACACACCUCAGGCCGAAGUUGUGGAAAGGUUAUUAAAACUUGUUAAUGAUGCAUCUGAAAGAUCCUCCAAACAUUCUGGUGAAAGUGAAAUAUUGAGUAAAUUACCUGAAGAUAAAUUAGAGAGUAUGAAUAGAUUUUUGAAGGAUUUGAACAAUUCUUGUAAUAAAAAUGAAGCCCCAUUACUUAAGAAAAAGCGCUGUGUUGAAGAAACAGAGUUAAAAGAAUCAUUUGAAAAUUUGGAUGUCGAAAAACCUGUUGAAAUGUUCAUGACAUCUAAGGAAUGGGAUAAACCUGAACACAUAACAAAUAGAGAACCAAGUCCGUUAAUGUUAUACCAGUCUGGAACAAAUCAUGUAAUUAAUUCAUCACAAGGAAGUUUAUCCACUUCAAAUGUUCGAAUGAAUUCACAUGAUAAAUUUGUUCCUUCAGGCACUGAAAUCCCAUCUUUAGAGAUCUCUUGUAACCAUGACAUUCAUCCCGUUCAACUGCCAAAAGAGCCUGUGCCAUCAAGUCAAAUUCAACCUCAAAACAUGGCAGCUAAUCACAAUUCUGCUUACUCCAACAUUCGGCAAGGAUUGAAGAAUGAAAUGGCUCCAUACAAUGGGCAGAAUGAAUCCACUUAUAAGAAGCCAGUGUCUGUAUCUAAUCAAGGCUUGUGUGCAAGGACAUUCAUAAACACUGUCAAACAAAUGGCAUUGAAUAAUUCUUUAAUAUCUGACAGUGUUGUAUCAAGCACAGUAAGUCAAGAAAACAUAGAAGUCAAAGAAACAAAGAGUGAUGAAGAGAUUUUAGCGACAAUAAAUUGUAUGAACUUGGCAAUGAAAAUAUUAAACCGCUUCAAACCAGAACACAGAGAGAAAAUCCGCCUCUUCAAACAAGGGCAGAUUCACAUACAGAUAUUAACUGACAGUGAUGAACAUUGUGCUGCAAUUUAUGAAAAAUUGAUGCAAGGAAUAUCUGGUCUAAAUGAAAGAAUUCUUGGGUUUUGUGAAAGUGUUCCUGGUUUCCUUGAUCUAUGUAAAGAAGACAGAGAGAAACUUGUGAAACGAUCAUACUAUGAUAUGUGGACUCUGUCAUAUGCAGAGUAUUUUCAAAAUGGACGAAGUUUCUGGAUACUUCCUUCUGGGGAGAUUUAUUCUGCAGAGGCCAUGAGGAAAAUUCUCAAUGAUGAAAUGGUUGACACUAUCAUGGUUUUUGCUGAGUCGUACAAUAAACUAGAGGUCACAGAUCUAGAGACAGCUUUGUUCUCAGCUGUUAGACUAACUACAACAACUGGUUUAGAGAUAGAAGAUAAGGAUAAAGUUAAUCAACUUUACUCGCAUUUACUGGAUACUCUUGCAUUUGAAAUGAAGAGAAAUCAUCCCAGUAAUCACAUGCUGUUGCUGAUAGAUAUGUUCAAACUUGUACCAUUGAUAGAAUCAAUCAAUAGGAUUCAAAGCGAAAUAAUUGCAAAUUUCUCCGUGAAGAGAUUCAGUAAGUAG